AUGUCCCGGCGUCCUGAACACAUCGCUCCACCGGAGAUUUUCUACAACGAGGAUGAAGCGAAAAAGUAUACAAACAACACACGCAUAAUUGAUAUCCAGGUACAGAUGUGUGAACGUGCCAUCGAACUUUUGGCACUGGAUCCGGACGAUGAUUCUCCGCAGCUAAUUCUGGAUAUCGGUUGCGGUUCUGGACUGUCCGGUAGUGUACUCGAGGAUCAGGGCCAUUUUUGGAUCGGGGUCGACAUAUCAAACCACAUGCUGGACGUCGCACUUGAUCGUGAAGUCGAAGGUGAUCUGUUGCUCGGUGACAUGGGCCAAGGAAUGCCUUUUAAGGCCGGUACAUUUGAUGGUGCCGUAUCGAUUUCGGCUCUACAAUGGCUCUGUAAUGCGGACAAAAAAUCACACGUGCCACCGAAACGGUUGUAUCAGUUUUUCAGCACCCUGUUUUCGUGUUUGACUCGCAAUGCUAGGGCGGUGUUUCAGUUUUAUCCUGAAAAUGCAGAUCAGAUUGAGCUGGUGACUUCGCAAGCCAUGAAAGCCGGCUUCUAUGGUGGUAUUGUAGUGGAUUAUCCCAACUCUACGAAGGCAAAGAAAUACUUUCUAGUGCUGAUGACAGGUGGUGUUGCUAAGCUUCCCGUGGCUCUCGGUACUGAAGAAAGUACGGCACAGAUUGGAUACAGUCGGAAGCAAGCGGAAUACGCGAAGAAAGCUCGGGGAAAACCACUGAAAAAGUCCCGCGAAUGGAUAUUGGCCAAGAAGGAACGCCGAAGGGAGCACGGUGAAGAAACGCGCAGAGAUUCAAGAUUCACGGCAAGGAAACGAAGUGGACGGUUUUGA